UGGAAAGAGACACUGCUGGUGAUAUGCGACCGAUUCGGUAUUUGUAUAAGCCGCUCAUUGGCCAGAAAACGCCGAAGAUGCGUCAGGGGGCCGAGCAAUGCGGGCCGGUCGGUGGCCGCAAAAGAGGCAACGAGAUGACCGCGGAACUCCGCCAGCACUUACAAUGUCCCAGGUUAUCGACAGUAUUCGAUUCGACUCAUUAGCUACGGGUCUGGAAUGCCUCAAAGAUCUAUGCAGGAGCGAUCUCAAAUAGGAAUGAGCCGCGGCAAGACUCGCUCGGCCUGUAAUCGCUGCCAUCAGCAGAAGCUCCGCUGCAUCAAGGCGGCAGAGCAAAGCGUUUGCGAGCGGUGUACAAGGCUUAAGAUCGAAUGCCGUUACAGCCCGCGCGAACGCCGGGUUGGCCGAAGCGGGCGAUGCAGGACCGGUGCUUGGCCUCAACCGAGGAACUUGGCUCCGCUGCCAAUGCCGGACACACAGCAGACUAUUCCCAUCCCGGGGGGUAAUGAGUGCGGUUGGCUGUCCUUCUCCGGUACAGGAGUUAAUAACGCCGAAGGACUGCGUUACCUCGGCUCAGAUGCCAGGUCCCUCGAUGUGUCUACAAGUCAGCCGUACCAGCUCACUGAGACUCUAGACAUGUAUUCAUUCAGCCGCGAUAGUGGCUCAGUGCUACCCAUGAUAUCUGACAAUCAGGCCAUGACGAGCGGGGUGAGAGGUGAUUGCACCUUCGAGCCGCUCGACAUAAACAGCCAGUAUAACGAUGGUCCGAGCUAUGUACUAGGAUAUCCUCUCACGUCAACAACCGGGCGACUAACAAGCUUGAAUAUGGCCCUUUGUGAAUGUGCUAGUAAACUUCCCUCCAUCGAGCCACGCCGUAUAGAGCCAGCAGGAAGUAUUCACAAUACUCAUGUCGCAAGCAACAAUAAAAGAGAGGCCGCUCUCUUCGCGCUCGACGAAUUAUUCUGUGCCACGAACGAAUUCAUCACUAUCAUGAAGAGCCUCUGUUCGCAAGCCAAUGAUAGCGAGAUUCCAAAUCAUCUAACCUGCGCCUCAGCUACAGAAUCUAGUCGUCAGGAGAUGAUGUCCACAGCACACAUCGACGAAGCAACCACGCUACUCUUCUUAUCCUGCCACUGCCGUCUCGCCGACAUCUACGAGUCCAUCUUCAAAGGGAUACGGCGCUGUCUCUCCGGCUCAUACACAGCGACACAUUCGAUAGCCGGUGUCAUCCUGCCCCAGUUGCAGGUUGGUGGCUUCGGAGGAGUCAGUUCCCCAGCAUUGCGCGUGGACUCCAAUGGGCCACCAUUAUCGCCAGCUAAGAUAUCCAUGUACUUAGUUCUGACCGUGACGCUAUCAUCACAGUUAUGGACGCAAAUAAGAGACACAAUGAGAAGCUGUAGAGCUUCUUGGGAUCAAGUGUCGAUGACCGCCGACCGAGAAGUAACCUUAGGUCCGGCGUGGGAUAUGGCGAUGAAGAGGACGAGUAGAUUAUCACGGGCCAUAGAGGUCAUCCAAGACGCGUUGUGACAAUAGCCGCGUCAUCACACUACUAAAAUGUAUAAAGCAUAG